AUGUCUACUGAUAACGAGAGGAUUCACAUAGAGGAAAACUAUUUGUUACAUGAAUAUGGGGUUGAACUUCAGAAUAUGGCAUCCCCUCCUCAUGACAAAGUUGAGAAGAGGAAUAAACGCUUCAAACUGUACCUGGCUGCACUAGAUGGUGAUUGGGACACAUUUCAAAGAUUAAUUAACCUGAAUCCUGAAAUAAAUAGAAAAACUAAGCUAUCAGAGGGAGGGGACACAGCUCUCCAUCUUGCAGCUGGAGCAAGGCGCACUAGUUUUGUUAAAAAGCUGCUUCAAUUUAUGCAAAAGGAGGAUUUAUCCAUAAGAAAUAAUGCUGGCAACACGGCCUUUUUUCUUGCUGUUGCGUCAGGAACGGUUGAAAUCGCCAAGGCUAUGAUAGAGAAGAAUGAAGAUCUCAUAAAGAACCGUGAGAAUAGUAUGAUGGAGAGGAAUGAAGACUUCGUAAAGAGCCGAUGUGAUAGUUGCAUUUUACCGCUUCACCAAGCAACUCUGAUGGGAAACAAAGAGAUGAUAGAAUACCUUUAUGAAACCACUGGAGAUAAGUUAUUAGAUGAUAAUAAUCGCUUUGAAUUGGUUGUCAAUCUGAUAUACCAUGGUUUGUAUGUUAGAGGUGAAGAGAUUCCCGAUUCAGCUUUUGAGCUAGUCAAAUGCCUUUGGAAAGAAGUUAUGCAUUUGGAUGACUCCCAGAUUUUGAAAAUUAUUAGAAAGCCUUGGUCGCUAAUAUUCGAGGCUGCAAAACAAGGAAACCUUCGGUUUCUAGACAUAAUUUUCCAUGAAUAUCCUGAUCUGAUGUUUGAAGUUGAUGAAAAUAAUUACACCAUAUUUCAUUAUGCUGUUAUGUAUCGUCACUAUAACAUUUUCAAAAUUAUUUACACCAUAGGUCCGUUGAAAAAUUUGGUAGUUAAGAAAAUAGAUAAGAAAGGGAACAACAUCUUGCAUUUGGCUGCAGAGUUGCCUAAACAAGAUACACCUGGUGCUGAAUCAACUGCAACACAUUUCAAAAUGUCUAUCGAGAUGCGAUGGUUUGAGAGAGUGAAGAGAAUUUUGCAUCCAAUGGAUGCUGAAGCUGAAAAUAAUAAAGGGAAAACUGCUAAAGCUAUAUUCACUGAACAACACAGAGAGUUAAGAAAGGAAGCCGAGAAAUGGACUAAGGACAUUGCAAAUGCAAACAUCAUGGGGGCAAUACUUAUUGCCACCGUGGUUUUCGCUGCAACUUUCACAAUACCAGGUGGCACUAAUGAAGAAACAGGGACUCCACAUUUUGUUCGAAGAGCUUCCUUCAUAGUUUUUGCAAUAUCAGAUACUAUAGCAUUACUAUUGUCUUGUUUCUCCAUACUAAUGCUCAUAACCGUUAUCUCUUCCCGAUGUGAAGAAGUAGAUUUCCUUUGGCGGGUGCCUUUUGAUUUGGCUUGGGGGUUAGCCUUACUUCUUUUCUCAGUAGAAGCAAUGGUGGUAGCAUUUUGUGCAACUAUGUUCAUUGUCUUCAAAGAUGGGAUGUUAUGGAUUCCUAUUCUUGUUGUAGUAAUGUCCUCUUUCACAAUCUACAAGUUCCGCGAUAGAACUUGGGCUCGCUUUGGAGAUGUAAUGCAUAUUGCCAUUAUACCAGGUGAGAGUUUUUUAAAAGAAGAGAAACAACUCACAAUAUUAGAAAAAAUCAUAGCACCAAUAUGUACAAUGUGA